AUGGUAAGUAAUAUGAGAUAUUAUAAGAUAUUAUAAGAUGAGAAAGUACUAACCUUUAUUUAGUCAGAUGACAAAUAUCCCACAAGUAUACAAAAUUUAUUUAAACCAAAACUACCAUUUAAAUAUGUUGAACCAAAUGAUUACCCACCCCAAUUACGUAAAACAUCAAAUAUAACGCCAAUAACAAAUUAUAAAUCAUACAUUUAUGAUUAUGUAAAGAACAUAUCUACAAUUGAAGAAGAAAAUAAAAAUAAGAUAAAAAAAUUAAGACCAAAACAACAAAAAAUACGAAGUCAUAAUCAAUUGAAAAUAAACGCAAAUUUGAAAAAACAAGAAAAGGAAGAAAAUCUACAACGACAAAUUAAACAAUGGAAUGAUCCAGAAUAUUUAAAAACUUUGGAAGAAAAUGGUACGUUUACUAAGGAUCCUUAUAAAACUGUAUUUUUAGGAAGAUUACCAUAUGAAAUAGAAAAUGGUUCAGAAUUGACUAAAUAUUUUGAAAAAUACGGUCCAGUAGAAAACAUUAAAAUAAUUAAAGAUUUAGAUGGGAAACCUCGAGGUUAUGGUUUUUUAAUUUUUAAUUCUGAAUAUGAUGCUAAAUCUUGUGUUUCUGACCUAUGUAAAACUGGAUUAAAAUUAAAUAAUGGUAAAAAAGUAUUGAUAGAUUUUGAAAGAUCGAGAAUUAUGAGAAAUUUCAACCCCAGAAGAUUGGGGGGAGAUGAAGGAGGAAGAGGAUAUACUAGAACAGGAAAAUAUUCAUCAGUAGCUUCAACUGGAAGAAGAAUGAAUAUUGCAAAUAAUCCAAAUAUACAAAUCCCACCAAAAAGAUCGUAUCAGAAUAAUAAUUCACAUCAUAAUAGUCAUCAUCAACAACAACAAAUGACACUGCAUCUACGUCAUUCUAAUCCACCUCAUAAUGGGAUUUCAAAUAUACCGACUGGUCCAACUAGUAUGAGAGAUAAAUAUGCAAAAUAUUCAAGUGUUUCAAGUAGUAAUGGUAAAUUACCUACUGGACCAAGUGCAGCAUUGAAUACUAAUGGUAAAUUACCAACUGGUCCAAGUUAUAAAUCACAAUCGAGUGAUAGAUCAAUGAGAAGUAUAAGAAGAGGAGAUUAA